UGUUUUUUUUUUUUUUAAAUUGGCGACUUGAGAUCAGAAGCGCCGAUUCUAAUUUCAAUAAAUAUUGAAUCCGUGCUUUUUAAUUUUAAUUUCGAUUCAAUUCAGUUCCGAAUUUGAUCAGUUUCGUUCCCAAAUUUGACCCAUCAAUUUCAAUUUAGUUUCAGUUUAAAACCGGUCCGACGCCAGGUCUAAUUGCGACUGUGGGUAUAAUCGCUCGGCUGUAAAAAAUCUUUGAUAAAUUCACUUUAUUCUAUCAUCUGUAAAUUAAAUUAAAAUAAUAUUAUAUGAUAUUUAUUUGUUAAUCGUUGUAUUUGCAAUAGCUAAAAUUUCCCCGCUCAGAAAAUAAAUGAGUAACCGUUUUUCGAGAACACCACCGAACUCCCAACUCUCCAUCGACUGAUAGGCUGCACUUCAGCUUUCUUUACUACGCUGUCGCUGACCCACCUUUGAGAGAUUUCAGGGAACUACAAAUUUGGCUUUGAUUUCAAACAGAAGAACAAAAAUGGCACAUCCGGAUAAAACUCCUCGAGUUUUCUGUGUUGGAACGGCCGAUACAAAGCUCGACGAACUCCGUUUCCUCUCCGAUUCCGUCCGAUCCUCUCUCACCUCCUUAUCCUCCAAUUUAUCUUCCAAGGUAGAGGUGGUAGUUGUUGAUGUUUCUGUUGGUCAGAAAGAAAUUGACAGUGUUGGGGACUUCCCAUUUGUACCAAGAAAUGAUGUUCUUGCUUGUUAUCUGGGUUCAGUUGAUCAAACUCAGAAUGUACUUCCUGAUGAUAGAGGCCAAGCUGUUACUGUAAUGAGUAAAGCUCUCGAAAAUUUCUUAAAGAAAGCUCAAGAGGAUAAUAAUGUCAUUGCUGGAGUCAUUGGGAUUGGAGGUAGUGGAGGCACGUCUUUAUUAUCAUCUGCCUUUAGAUUGCUACAAUUUGGUAUGCCCAAGGUUAUUGUGUCUACUGUAGCAAGUGGUCAAACUGAACCUUAUGUGGGUACCUCAGAUUUGAUUUUGUUCCCAUCUGUAGUGGAUGUGUGUGGGAUUAAUAGUGUAAGUAGAGUUAUUUUAUCAAAUGCUGGAUCUGCUUUUGCUGGAAUGGUUAUUGGAAGGCUUGGGAGAGUAGGAGGUUCCUGUGGUGUUAGUGAUAAAUUAACUGUUGGUAUAACUAUGUUUGGAGUUACAACUCCUUGUGUCAACGCUGUCAAAGAAAGAUUGACAAGAGAAGGCUAUGAAACCUUGAUUUUUCAUGCCACUGGUGUUGGGGGCAGAGCAAUGGAGUCUCUUGUUAGAGAGGGAUUCAUACAGGGUGUUAUGGAUAUUACUACAACAGAGGUUGCAGACUACGUAGUUGGUGGUGUUAUGGCAUGUGAUAGGUCCCACUUUGAUGCCAUCUUAGAUAAGAAUGUUCCUUUGGUCUUGAGUGUAGGAGCCUUGGACAUGGUGAAUUUUGGAGCUAAGGAAACAAUCCCUUCUAAUUUUCAGCAAAGGAAGAUUCAUAUCCACAAUGAGCAGGUCUCACUCAUGCGAACCACCAUGGAAGAGAAUAAGAAAUUUGCUGUCUUUAUAGCAGAUAAACUAAACAAGUCAAUUUCAAAGAUUCGUGUUUGCUUGCCACAGAAAGGUGUUUCAGCUUUAGAUGCACCUGGGAAACCCUUUUAUGAUCCUGAGGCCACUGCUACUCUUCUAAAUGAAAUGCAGAGGCUAAUACAGACAAAUGAGAACCGGCAGGUAAAGGUGUAUCCUUAUCAUAUCAAUGACCUGGAGUUUGCAGAUGCACUGGUUAACUCAUUUUUAGAGAUUAGUUUGAAGAGCCCUAUCGAUUCCAGUCCUCCCCAAAGUCCUAUUCAUGAAUCCAUUCAACGCUUGCAUAAUAUUCCCAAUAACUCUUCGAGCUGUGGGACUAUUUGUUACAGCCCAAGCAACUUCCCGGAUGCAAGACCAGAAACUUUGCAGAAGACUCAGUCAAUAUUGCAGCAACUAAAAGAUCAAAUAGAAAAAGGAUUGCCCAUAAUAGGGGCUGGUGCAGGAACUGGAAUAUCUGCAAAGUUUGAGGAAGCUGGUGGUGUUGAUUUAAUAGUGCUAUACAACUCAGGGCGCUUUCGCAUGGCAGGAAGAGGUUCCUUAGCAGGGUUAUUGCCUUUUGCAGAUGCAAAUGCUGUAGUAGUUGACAUGGCCAAUGAAGUGUUACCUGUUGUGAAGGCGGUACCAGUUCUUGCUGGAGUAUGUGCAACUGAUCCCUUUCGGCGAAUGGAUUACUUCCUAAAGCAGUUGGAGUCAAUUGGAUUCUCCGGUGUGCAGAAUUUUCCAACUGUUGGGCUGUUUGAUGGUAACUUUAGACAAAAUCUGGAAGAGACAGGAAUGGGAUAUGGCUUGGAAGUCCAGAUGAUUGAAAAAGCACACAAAAUGGGUCUCUUGACCACCCCCUAUGCUUUUAACCAAAAUGAAGCCAAGAAAAUGGCGAAGGCUGGUGCAGAUAUAAUUGUAGCCCAUAUGGGGCUUACAACAUCUGGGACUAUUGGUGCAAAAACAGCUGUCUCACUGGAAGAUAGUGUAGUUCGUGUGCAAGCUAUUGCAGAUGCUGCACAUAGUGUCAACCCUUAUAUUAUUGUGCUUUGCCAUGGAGGUCCUAUAUCCGGUCCUAGGGAGGCAGAAUUCAUACUGAAAAGAACCAAGGAGGUGCAUGGAUUUUAUGGUGCAUCAAGCAUGGAGAGAUUACCUGCUGAACAAGCUAUAGCAAGCACAAUGCAACAGUAUAAAUCAAUCUCCAUCAAAUGAGGUUCAGUAAUCAGUAUCAUAUGCCGUCAAGCUGGAUGUAGCAUGUAUGUGUGCAUAACUUAUCAUUUUCAUUUUAAUCUUUCGAUUGCCUGCUAAGAGAGUAAAGAAAUAAGGAUCCCCCCAGGCGUAAAUAACUAUGAAAUGCUGCUGCAUUCAUUCAUAAGGCUUGUAGAAGUUGAUUGCAGCAGCCAUCACAUCAUAAGAACAAAUGGCUAUACUAAACUUUUCAUGAAUGAUAACAAUUACAUUCACCGAAUGAUUUAUUCGGAUGAAUAAAUGAAAUUA